AUGCAUCAAUCCACACCUCUUUCGAGCCCUGGUGGCUUGUCGAAAGAGGCAAUCGUGUCAAUAAUGCCAAUGAACCGUCAAACAUCGCCUCCACUUCCUCCACUUCCUCCACUUCCUCCACUACUUCCAAUAGACACUUCCAAUUUCCCAUUUUCUGAAGAUUUGCAACACUUUACACCCACCAAAGGUCCCAAACCAUCCUAUAAACCAUUGGAUAUCGAUAGAGAAGAAAUCCGUCUCCUUGUUCUUCCAUGCGCAGGCUCUAGUAGCCAGAAGUAUGAGUUCAUUCAUGUUUCCCUACUAGAACUCACCGAUAUCAAAUACGAGGCAUUAUCUUAUGAAUGGGGUGAUCUACCAGCAAACGAAUCAAUCACAAUUGAUCAAACAGAUUACUACAUCCGAGACAAUUUAUUUGCAGCAUUGGAAGCUCUUCGAUUCCGGAGUCGCCGGCGUCAUUUAUGGGUGGAUGCUGUGUGCAUCAAUCAAGAGAACUUUGAUGAGCGUAAUGGUCAAGUCGCUCUUAUGCGUCAAAUAUAUGCAAAGGCAGACGAAGUCAUUGUGUGGUUGGGGAAAGCUGGAACAGAUUAUUGGGGCGCAAUGGUUUUGCUCGAUAGUCUGGGGAGUUCUGGAAUUUCUGCGAACGAGCUGUCAAGAUCAAUAUCAGAGCACGCAACUGUCACGCAUGUCAAGUUUUGGAAAGAAUUAUCAUCCAUAUGCCACAGGCCAUAUUGGGAAAGAUUGUGGAUUAUACAGGAGGUAGUCCUCGCUUCGAAGAUUAAAGCACACUGCUCAUCAUUAAUAUUUGAAUGGGAGUGCCUAGAUUGGUUGUUUCGACGACUGGACAUCAUUCAAGAGACAGCCACAAAUCUACAUGUUGGAACAUCGUUGGCUGGGAGUGGUGAUAUGGGAUACCUUAGCUUACUACAAACGUUAGAAGCCAUUCGUAAUAGUGUACCCUCUCGAUUGUCCAAGCGAAGACGGCAGAUCAAGAAACGAGCUCCACCGCUACUUGAUCUGUUUCUCACCCACAACGAAGCAUUAUGCACUGACCAAAGAGAUAAGUUCUUUGGGUUAUACAGUCUCGCGAACGACUGCUGCACUAAAGCGACCCCCGUAAAUUAUAAAAAAUCUUUCUUCGAAACCAUUUCUAUGAUAACAGUACAUCAUUUCCGCCAUCAUGUUGACAAUAUCGAUGUCCUUGAGAAUUACGAACAUUUUCGACGAACACUCGCGAGAACACUGCCCGAAUCGAAUCAUAUCAUGCAAGGGUUUCUUGAUGAUAAUCCAGACGCCUUGGAAGGUCAACAGGUCCUGAAAGCACUUGGAAAUGUCCGAGGGGCUAUUGUUUAUCUCAGUCCUCCGCUGAAGAAUCUUUGCUUAACAGACUAUCUCCAAGAUUUGGACUUUUUGGACUUGAAUGCAACUCCACGCUUAAAGGAUCAGUUACGUCACUUUAUCCAUCAACGCGGCACCAAAGGAUACUUUCAUAAAGAUCGAUUACAUAGUGCCGAUGAUAUUUGCAAUUACGGAAGUCGGGAGAAAUGCUCAUUCUCAGCAUUCUAUUUGACCGAUCAUGCACCCUCGGAAGAUGAGAAUACGGAAAGCAGAGCUUCUGAUAUCUCAAACCCACGACAAAAAACGUUACCACCGGGGAAGAGAGUACGCAUCGUGAACCAACUCAUGUCGUCGUUUAGCCAAACCCUCCAUGAAGCAAAAUGGAAGGUAGAACAAUCCAGUAAUUCAACACAUUGUAGGUUGUUCUUGGAAGAGAAUGGAAUGAUAGGAUACACAUCAGAUAAUGCACAAAUCGGCGAUCUGAUUGUUCAAUUUCGAGGUACAAGCACUUCUGUAGUGAUGAGGAAGGAAGGGAGUCAAGGCAGCAUCGUCGGCAGAGUAUGUGAUUUACUCGAUCGUCGUUCGAGGCAUGGAAAGACUUGGCCUUUUGUAUGUCAGGAUCAGAACCUCGAUGAGAAUGGAUAUGAUGUACCCCCUCAAUUGAUAUGUUUGCGCAUGAAGAUUUCCGCUUUGCGAAUGUUGGCGAAUGGAAAUAUAAAACUGUUAUCUUGGGUCUUCCGACGAGAAUUCUUCACCGACAAGGAACCGCCUGAUUACUCUGGAACCCCAUCUCCAGUUAAUACAACAGCUGUUAUUCCUCUCAGAAACAGAAAUCCAUUCCAUCGUCUCCCUCCGGAAAUCAGGAUGCUGAUCUGGACUUUAUGCAUUCAGGAUGAGAACUCCUGGGAUGAUGACGCACCAUUACUCGGUUUAAUCCCCCAUCAAGGCUGGGGUAUCAUAUUGACCACUUUUGAGUUAACGGAUAUAAACGAAAUCAACUCUGCCAGACACGAACCUUCACAACAUUUGAAGAUCAACUUGGCUGUUGUGGUACUACAUUCGCGCCUCGUGCCCAUGUGCAUAGAAGAUACUCGCUACCCGCUUAGCAGACGUUCAGAUGCCUUUGAGGUUUUUUUUGCUGAGCUCCGAAGAUACCUGGCCAUAGCUUCCACCGAACGACAAUGUCUACGGAACGAAAUACGGAAUAAGACAGAUGUUCAUAAAACCAUCUGUACAAUAUCACUGCGUUUUGAAAGAACGCUGGACGUCCUCGAUACACACUUUUUGCAAAGGCUUCGAGAAACAUUUGAGAGCCUGGAAAAGAUUGAUAUCACAUACCUCUUCAGUACCUAUCGAGACCCCUCGCUUCACCCCACAGAUCAGAUUGAACCCCUAGCCCAGGCCGAACUCACGCCACCAAUGAUCACUGAUAUCCUUGGGCCACAAUGGACACUCGUUUUCUCGCGUUUCUUAACGCAUUGUAUUCACGGUCGCAAAAUCUUCUGGCGUGUAACUCAUCGUUGGUAUAAGAUAAAUCGAAUACCGGUAUUGCAACAGGCACAUGUACAUAGUCAAGGUUCGUCCUGGUCGGCUUCGUUCCAUCAUAUUGAUCAUCUUGGACAGCUGGCUCGCAUUGCAGACCCUAGUGUGGUGUCUUAUCAGUAG